AUCAUGCUAGUGAAAGCAUCCAUCAACUGAAAUAUGCCUUGGAGGACAGACAGUUUGGAAAGGGUGAAGGUGAAGCUGGAUUUGACCAGUCCUCUGUGAACAAGGGCAGUGAUGAUGUGGACACGAGUAAUGAUGGUAGUGGGAAUGCAGCCUGGCAGCAACUGCAGCACAGUCACGCUGUUAAUCAACUUAAAAUUUUAUUGCAACAUCAAGAAAGAAUGGAAAGUGAAGUCUCUCCAUCAGGGAGGAAGAGGUCGUUCUGUAAACCCCCAGAAGCUGCAACUGGAGACUUACCAGCCCUUUCUGAUCUUGUUCCUAUAAUCAAUGAUCAGUCACAGUACAUUAACCAUUUAGAAGCAGAAGUGAAGUUUUGCAAGGAGGAAUUGUCUGGGAUGAAAAAUCGAGUACAAGUAGUUGUACUUGAAAAUGAGGAACUUCAUCAGAAACUGAAAUUCUUAACUGUGGAACGUAAGUUGAGAGAACAGACUCUUCUAGAUGCCUCAGCAAAUACUGAGAAUUCUUGGACUGUGGGUGGUAAUGAGUGUAGCAUGCAUCAGCCUGUCACCUCAUCACCAGCACGUAACAGAGAUCAGGCUUUUGCUACAUCAGCUUUUGGAGAAAUAGAAAAAUGGCACGUAGAACUGGAGAAACUAAAAUUUCUUCAUCAAGAAAAACUCAAUAUCCUUGAAGCUCAAAUACAGUCUCUAAGAAAAGACCUUUCAGAAUCUCAGAAGACAUGCAAAGAUUUGGAAGGAAGGCUGAAACAUCAGCAGUCACUUGUUUCAGCCACAAAUCCUAACUGGAUUGGUGGUCUGUGUCUGAAAUGUGCACAACACGAAGCAGUUCUUGCAGACACUCAUUCUAAUAUUCACAUCCAGACCAUUGAGAGGGUAACAAAAGAAAGAGAUGACUUGAUGGAUGCGUUUGUUUCAUUGAGGCAAAACAUGAAAGAGAUGCAGCAAAGAGAAUCUAAUGCUUGUGAGCAAGUUAAGUAUGCUGUGCAAAUGGCAGAAGAGGCCAAUUUAGUGAAAACAAAGGCUGUUGUCCAGUGUGAGCAGCUGAAAAGUGAGAUGGAACGGCAGAAGAAUCGUCUUGAAAAGGAAUUAGCUGCCCAGCUAAAUAAGAUGACCGAUGAAAAAGAGGCACUGCGGGAAGAAAUGAAGAAGGAAAAGGAAGACUUGACAGCAAUGGUAUGA